AGUCGAAUCAAAACCAGCUUAAUCGAACCAAUACUAAAGUGAGGCCAAUCUAAAGUUCUAUUUUUAUCGAAUAACUCAGUCUGUAGUUAGUUAAUGAAAUGUAUUUGAUGUCUCUAAACCACCUCAUUCUUCAUCUCUCUCUACCAACCAUCUCAUUCUUCAUCUCUCUAUACCAACCACCUCAUUCUUCAUCUCUCUAUACCAACCACCUCAUUCUUCAUCUCUCUAUACCAACCACCUCAUUCUUCAUCUCUCUAUACCAACCACCUCAUUCUUCAUCUCUCUAUACCAACCACCUCAUUCUUCAUCUCUCUCUACCAACCAUCUCAUUCUUCAUCUCUCUAUACCAACCACCUCAUUCUUCAUCUCUCUAUACCAACCACCUCAUUCUUUAUCUUUCAAUACCAACCACCUCAUUCUUCAUCUUUCUAUACCAACCACCUCAUUUUUCAUCUUUCUAUACCAACCACCUCAUUCUUCAUCUCUCUAUACCAACCACCUCAUUCUUCAUCUUUCUAUACCAACCACCUCAUUCUUCACCUCUCUAUGCCAACCACCUCAUUCUUCAUCUCUCUAUACCAACCAGCUCAUUCUACAUCUCUCUAUACCAACCACCUCAUUCUUCAUCUCUCUAUACCAACCACCUCAUUCUUCAUCUCUCUAUACCAACCACCUCGUUCUUCAUCUCUCUAUACCAACCACCUCAUUCUUCAUCUCUCUAUACCAACCACCUCAUUCUUCAUCUCUUUAUACCAACCACCUCAUCUUCAUCUCUCUAUACCAACCACCUCAUUCUUCAUCUCUCUAUACCAACCACGUCAUUCUUCAUCUCUCUAUACCAACCACGUCAUUCUUCAUCUCUCUAUAUCAACCACCUCAUUCUUCAUCUCUCUAUAUCAACCACCUCAUUCUUCAUCUCUCUAUACCAAUCACCUCAUUCUUUAUCACUCUAUACCAACCACCUCAUUCUUCAUCCCUCUAUACUAACCACCUCAUUCUUCAUCUCUCUAUACCAACCACCUCAUUCUUCAUCUCUCUAUACCAACCACGUCAUUCUUCAUCUCUCUAUACCAACCACCUCAUUCUUCAUCUCUCUAUACCAACCACCUCAUUCUUCAUCUUUCUAUACCAACCACCUCAUUCUUUAUCUCUCUAUACCAACCACCUCAUCCCCCCUCUCUCUAUACCAACAACAUCAUUCUUCCCAUUGUCCCUCCCUUUAUACCAAACACCUGGGAAAGAUUUUUGACUAAGUGGCAAAU